GAAGACACACUCAAUCCACAGAAUUGGCCGCUAGCUGCAAGGUGCAAGAAUAUUGCCAUUUUGGCAUUUCUCAUCUUUGUACAAGGAUGGGCAGGCGCGUCAGAAUCCAUGGCGAACUCGGAAGCAAGCUCGCACUUCCACGUGAGCCAGGUCGCCGAAAAUCUGGAUACCGCAAUGUAUCUAUUCGGCGUUGGCAUGGGGUCACAAAUCGCCGGGCCCUUGUCGGAAACGGUAGGCAGAAACCCUGUAUACUUGUUAGCCACCUUCUGCUAUCUCUUCUUCGUCCUGGGCUCUGCAAAGGCGGCGACUUUCGGUGGACGCAUUACCUGUCGGCUUUUUGUGGGCUUGUUCUCAAGUGCUACCUUGUCAAUCAACGGAUCGAGUGUCAGGGAUCAGUUCAGAGACGUAAAGAGGGCUUUUGUCUUUCCAAUCAUCGCCUGGGUUAACGUGAUAGGCCCUGUGAUUGCGCCCAUAGCGAGCGGCUGGCUGGUGGCAAACCCCAGCCUCGGUUGGCGCUGGCCGGACUGGAUGACACUCAUCAUAUCCGGCGCCGCAUUCAUGAUCGCACUGCUAUUCCUCCCUGAAACAUACCUGCCACUGCUUCUGGACUGGAAAGCCAAGGAGCUUCGCCGGCUGACAGGCGACCAGAGAUACUCUUCCGAGCAUGCAUCGUCUGCAAGCCUCGCUGGUCGCCUGAAGCACAAUAUCAAGCUUGGUGUUACCUUUUUUUCAACAGAGAUCAUUGUGACAGUGCUGGGAUUAUAUCUGCUACUCCUCUAUACGCUUCUCUUUACUUCGCUUUCAGGGUUUGAUUACAUCUUCAAGGAGACAUAUGGGCUCUCUACUGGCCUCACCGGUAGCUGUUUUGCCUCGAUUGCGGUAGGAUCGACGGUUUUCACUUUCACUGCACCGAGCUGGUACGGUUGGGCUCGCAGGGCAACUGCACACGUGCAUGGGGCUUCCGUCAAACCGGAAUUUCGACUGUGGCCUGCGAUUAUUACUUCACCCAUGUUGCCUGUUUGUCUUUUCUGGCUUGGGUGGACUAAUUACCCAAGUAUUUCCAUAUGGAGCGGACUGGCCGCUUGCUGUGUUUUUGGGCUCGUCUUGACUGCAUUUUACGUGAGCAGUUACGAAUACAUUAUAGACAGCUACGGCGAUCACUCGGCUAUCGCCCUUGCGAGCAUCACAUCUCUUCGCUACCUGGCCGCAGGAGGCAUGGUUAUGGCGACCCGUCCAAUGUACACAGCCAUUGGAGUGCACUGGACAAUGACCAUCUUGGGCUGCGUCGCAACAGUGCUCAGUCCUGCACCUCUCCUAUUCUGGUUUUACGGACCCAGUCUCAGACGACGUAGCAGGUACGCG